AUGGGAAAGAAGCAACCCUCACUCGAAGGUCACAAGUCUGGCCAAGCAAACGAUCCUCUUUCAAAACCAGCACAUGCCCUCCCCUUCUCACAGGUCAUUGAUGAGACCAAGUGUAACUCCGACGACGGUUUAACCACCACGGAAGCGAAGUCAAGGCUUGACAAGCAUGGCACCAACGACCUCGGUGAAGAUGGAGGUGUACCGGCAGGCAAGAUCUUGCUCCGGCAGGUGGCCAAUGCCAUGACAUUGAUUUUGAUUGCCGCUAUGGCUGUCAGUUUCGCCAUUCAAUCAUGGAUCGAAGGCGGUGUAGUAACCGCCAUCAUCCUGCUCAACAUUAUUAUUGGGUUCUUCCAGGAGUUCCAAGCUGAAAAGACAAUGGACUCCCUUCGGUCGCUUUCUUCACCAACUGCCUCUGCUGUUCGAGACGGGAAAACGGUUACAAUUCCAACCAUUGAGGUUGUGCCUGGCGACUUGGUCGAACUAAAGACGGGUGAUACUGUGCCUGCUGAUAUUCGCAUUAUUGAAGCGCUAAACUUCGAGACGGACGAGGCUUUGCUGACUGGUGAAUCGCUUCCAGUUGGAAAGGACGGCGACGCCGUUUUUGACGAGGAUACGGGCCCCGGCGACCGCCUCAACGUCGCUUACAGCUCUUCGACAGUUACCAAGGGACGCGCUCGAGGUGUCGUUUUCGCCACGGGAAUGUACACCGAAAUCGGAUCCAUCGCGAUGUCCCUUCGACAGAAGGGUUCCCGUGUCCGCCCAGUCAAGCGCAAGCCUGAUGGCUCUGCCAAACCUAUUCAAUAUGCUCAGGCAUGGAGUUUGACCGCCGCUGAUGCUGUUGGUAGCUUCCUCGGUGUCAACGUCGGCACGCCGCUGCAAAAGAAGCUUGCUCGUCUCGCCAUUCUCCUUUUCGGCGUCGCUGUCGUUUGCGCGAUCAUCGUUCUAGCCGCCAACAGCUUCUCAAACAAGCGCGAGGUCAUCAUUUAUGCUGUAGCCACAGGUCUCAGUAUGAUUCCCGCGUCUCUCACUGUCGUAUUGACCAUCACCAUGGCUGCUGGCACAAAACGCAUGGUGCAACGACACGUCAUUGUCCGCAACCUCAAGUCUCUCGAGGCUCUUGGUGGUGUCACCGACAUUUGCUCUGAUAAGACUGGCACUCUCACACAAGGCAAGAUGGUUGCAAAGAAAGCUUGGAUUCCAGCAAAGGGCACAUACUCCGUUGGCGAGACCAACGAGCCGCAUAACCCUACCGCAGGUUCUGUGUCGUUUACUGCGAAACACCCACGACACAUUGACCCAGACAUCAAUGAGAAGAGUCAAAACUACGAAGAGUUAUUGCAAGAUAACCCACAUCUACUUGCAUUCCUCAAAGUCGCAUCCUUGGCCAAUUUGGCAAACGUCCAUCAGACAAAGGAAGGUGACUGGAAUGCGCGAGGUGAUCCAACCGAAAUCGCUAUUCAAGUCUUUGCAUCUCGAUUCAACUGGAAUCGUCGCGAAUACACCACCGGCGACUCUCCUGCUUGGAAGCAGCUUGCCGAAUUCCCGUUCGAUUCCGACGUCAAGAAGAUGACUGUCAUCUUCGAGGAAACUGCCAGCUCCAAGAAGCACGUUUUCACCAAAGGUGCAGUAGAGCGGGUCAUCUAUUCGUGCACUUCUGUCUUCAAUGGCGAAAGUGAAUCUGCCGUAGAGUUGGACGACGACUACCGCGAGGAAAUUCUCUCUAACAUGGAGUCAUUAGCCUCUAUGGGUCUCCGAGUCCUAGCGCUUGCUAGCAAAGACUAUGAUGGACCUUCUCCAGAAAAGGGCGAGGACCUUGAUAGGAACAGUAUCGAGACUGGGUUGACCUUCUGCGGUCUCGUUGGUCUCUACGACCCGCCCAGGCCUGAGACUGCCGGAUCUGUUCGCCAAUGUCAGAAGGCUGGUAUCGAAGUCCACAUGCUCACUGGUGAUCACCCCGGAACGGCCCGCGCAAUCGCUGCUGAAGUUGGCAUCUUGCCUUCGAACAUGUCUACCCUCGCCAAGGAAGUUACGGAUGCAAUGGUGAUGACUGCAUCUCAGUUCGACAAACUCACUGACGACCAAAUCGACGCUCUUCCGCUCCUGCCUCUUGUCAUCGCCCGAUGCGCCCCGAACACAAAAGUCCGCAUGAUCGACGCCCUACACAGACGCAAGGCCUUCGCUGCUAUGACUGGUGAUGGUGUAAACGACUCUCCAUCCCUCAAGAGGUCCGAUGUUGGUAUCGGAAUGGGCACCGGUUCUGACGUAGCCAAGGACGCCUCCGACAUCGUUCUGACAGACGAUAAUUUUGCGUCCAUACUUAACGCCAUUGAAGAGGGCCGUCGCAUGUUUGACAACAUCCAGAAAUUCAUUCUCCACUUGCUUGCUCAGAAUAUCGCUCAAGCUUGUGUUCUGCUCAUUGGCCUUGCCUUCAAGGACGCAAGCGGUUUCUCCGUUUUUCCCGUUUCACCUGUCGAGGUCAUGUGGAUUAUCAUGAUUACAUCUAGUCUGCCCGAUAUGGGUCUUGGGUUCGAGAUUGCUGCUCCAGACAUUCUUGACCGCCCUCCCCAAAAUCUCAAGCGUGGUGUUUUCACCAUCGAAGUCAUGGUCGACAUGCUCGCAUACGGUCUCUGGAUUGCCGCCCUUUGUCUCGGAGCUUUUUCCAUCGUCAUGUUCGGCUUCGGCGACGGCAACCUUGGUAUUAACUGUAACGAAUCCUUCAACGAAACUUGCAGUACUGUCUUCCGCGCUCGCGCGACUACGUUUGCCUGCCUCACAUGGUUCUCACUCUUCCUUGCCUGGCAGAUGUUGGAUAUGCGCCGUUCCUUCUUUAUGAUGCAGCCCAAGUCUAAGAAGUACUUCACGCAGUGGGCAAUUGAUGUCUGGCGCAACAAGUUUUUGUUCUUCUCGAUCAUAUUUGGUUUUGUCACAAUCUUCCCUGUCCUGUACAUCCCGGUUAUCAAUGACAAAGUCUUCAGGCACAAGGGUAUCAGUUGGGAGUGGAUCGUCGUCUUUCUCGCUACCUUUCUUUUCUUCCUCGGCAUUGAGGCAUGGAAAUGGGGUAAGAGAGUCUUUUUCAGGAGACGCGAGGUCAAGUCUGGGGUCAGGAGGGGCUCGAUUGAUUUGGAGGCGCGUGUGUUCGAGAGAUAUCUCAGCACGGCUAUCAGCACGGAUGGCGACAGCGACGAGAAGAGAUAG